UAUUUGGGACAUGUAAGUGGAGAGGCAUGAACCUGAUUCAUUUCCUGAUCCAGUGAUGCUCCCCAGCCCGCCUCCAAACAGACGCAGCAUAGCCCAGGCCAGCUCUUAAGGAGUUCAGGAGUGAGAAGAGGCCCUCAGAGAUCUGACAGCCUAGCAGCGCGUGGACACCGCCUCAGCCCACUGAGCAGGAGUCACGGCACGAAGACCAAGUGCAAAGCGACCCCUGCCCUCCAUUCUGACUGCUCCCCCCUUGGAGAGAUGGCACCGGCCAGAGCAGGAUUCUGCCCCCUUCUGUUGCUUCUGCUGCUCGGGCUGUGGGUGGCAGAGAUCCCAGUCAGUGCCAAACCCAAGGGCAUGACCCCAUCUCAGUGGUUUCAAAUUCAGCACGUGCAGCCCAGCCCUCAAGCAUGCAACUCAGCCAUGAAAAACAUCAACAAGCACACAGAACGGUGCAAAGACCUCAACACCUUCCUACACGAGCCUUUCUCCCAUGUGGCCACCACCUGCCAGACCUCCAACAAAGCCUGCAAGAAUGGCGAUAAAAACUGCCACCAGAGCCAUGGACCCGUGUCCCUGACCAUGUGUCAGCUCACCUCAGGGAAGUACCCGAACUGCAGGUACAAAGAGAAGCGCCAGAACAAGUCUUACAUAGUGGCCUGUAAGCCUCCCCAGAAAAAAGACUCUCAGCAAUUCCACCUGGUUCCUGUGCACUUGGACAGAGUCCUUUAGGUUUCCAGACUGCCUUGCUGAGCCUCAAUUCCCUCUCCAGGCCUCUGCACCACUCCCCUACACCCAGAGUAUUCUCUUCCCCUCAUCUCUUGGGGCUCUUCCUGGUUCAGCCUCUGCUGGGAGGCUGAAGCUGACACUCUGGUGAGCCGAGUUCUAGAGGGAUGGCCUUUCAUCUUUUUGUUGCUGUUUCCCCAGAUGCCUAUCCCCAAGAAAGGGGCUAAGCAAGCUCAGGGCUGUGGGUUCCCUGGUCUAUGCCUUUGCACAUGUCUCCCCUGCCCCCUGGCAUUAUGGCAGCAUGACAAGGGGAGGAAAUAAAUGGAAAAGGGGCAUAUGGGAUUUGUGGACACAGCUGUUUCUGUUCCUGAACUAGAAGUCUUCCCCAGCUCUGACGUGGCAGUGAGGUGACCUGAAGCAAAGAAAAAUAUAAAUAAAUACCACUUCAUAUUUGUGUAGAGCCUCCACGUGAAUCCUCUAAUCCCCUGUGACAUAGACUUGACAGGGAGUGUAUGCCUUCUUUAUGGAUGAGAAAAUGGAGAUUUUAGAAAGCUUAAUUAAUUAAAGAGCUUGUCUAAUUAGUUAGUAGCAGAACCUGGACUUGAACCUAGGUCUCAUUACUCUAAAUAUAGUGUACUUUCUACUCUACCAGUUGGACAACAAAGAAGACACCAUUACAGGGGCAAGAGGAGAACUAGGUAAGAGUUCACCCAUGAAGAAAUGAGUGCUCUGAAGAGCCAGUUACCCUGUGUUGGCUGCAAUAAAGAUCAUUACCUCUCUAGCCAA